AUGGCGGAAGCACCACCACCACCUCAAAAACAGGCAUCCCCGUCACCAUCAUCAGUAGCGGAGCUCAUAGUCUCCUUCGAGCAAGCGAUCAUGGCAGCCAAACAGCUCCCUUCCACGGCCGUCCCUUCCCACCUCCUCCAAAUCCACUCCUCCUUCCAACACGUCCACAACCACCUCUCCGCCUUCCUCUCUCGUCCCCAAUUCCCCCUUCCCCUCCUCCCUCCCCAAGAGAAUGCCCUCUCCUCCGCCGCCGCCACUGCCGACCCGAUGCAGCUCGGCGACGACGACGAAAACGACAACGGCGACGUCGAGCAGGUCAAUUCGAGAGGGAUCGUGGAUGGAGUGGAGGAGAAAAUGAGGAAUUGCUUUAUUAAGAACAAGCGGCGGAAGCGGCGGCUCUCUGCGUCAGCGCUGGAGGAGAGAACGAGGUUCAUCGACGACGGGUUCGGAGCUGUCGGUGAGGGUUUUGAUCCUUAUGCCACCAGGUUAAGAGCUUUGGAGCUUGUUUAUCAGUUUCAUGGCUGA